GAAAAAGAAAAUCUGUUCUGUGGUUUUGGUAGGGUUUUUGACCUCUUUCCAAGAUUCAACAAUCUCUCACUCUGUGAUUUCUCACAACAAUUAACAUAGCAAUGGCGAAAGCAAUAUCAAGAAAUCAACAAAUUCGCUAUUUUCUGUAUCACUCCAUUUGUUCAACAAAACCUUCAUUUCACAGCCUUUCAAAAACUCUCCCCCACACCAAACCCCUACCCCUUUCUCCAUUGGCUAUGCGUUCGGGUCGAUUGGAGAGUGGACUGAAUUAUUACAGGUUUCUUUGCACCUCCAAUUCUGUGAAUCAAUCAAGUUCUGGGUCCAGUGGAUCCUCCUCUGGAGCUAAUUCUGGGAAGAGUGAAAGUUCUGGUGGUUCUCAGAAGACUUCUGAACAGGGAAAGCCUAUUCGGGGCAGUCCUGUUUCAUGGAUGAGCUUCUUUCUGCUUAUUUGCACUGGAGCAGGAUUGGUUUACUAUUAUGACAGGGAAAAGAAACGGCAUAUUGAAGAUAUCACCACUGCCUCAACUUCUGUAAAGCAAGGACCUUCUGCGGGAAAAGCAGCCAUUGGUGGUCCAUUUAAUCUCAUUGACCAUAACGGAAAACCAGUAACUGAGAAAGACUUCUUUGGCAAGUGGACAGUUGUAUAUUUUGGUUUCACUCACUGUCCAGAUAUAUGCCCAGAUGAGCUACAAAAACUCGCUGCUGCAGUUGAUAAAAUUAAGGAGAAGUCAGGAAUUCAAGUAAUACCUGUGUUUAUCUCAGUUGAUCCUGAAAGAGAUACGGUUGAGCAAGUACGUGAAUAUGUUAAAGAGUUUCACCCAAACUUGAUUGGCCUCACUGGUACCCCAGAAGAGAUAAAGAAAACGGCGCGUGCUUAUCGGGUUUACUAUAUGAAGACAGAAGAAGAAGGCUCAGAUUACCUUGUUGAUCACUCAAUAGUCAUGUAUCUUAUGGAUCCUAAGAUGGAAUUUGUGAAGUUUUUCGGAAAGAAUAACGACGUCGACAUGCUUACUGAUGGCAUAAUUAAUGAGAUAAAGCAAUACAAGCGAGUCAAGGCAUAAAUACUCGCGGAAGGGUCUACGCUGUUGCUUGAGCAUUAAGUAUUGCAUUUAGCGGAAUAUUUGUCGUGAAUACAUCAGAGAGAUUUUGAGUUACUUUAAAGCUUACUAUAUGAUACUUGAAAAAAAUGAACAUUCAACUUCAGAAUUUGAAGAAAACUGUUGCAGUUUGAUGGUAUACUGCAAUCCUGAAAUAGGAAUGGUAUUCGUUACAGUAUUACUGACAUUAAACCUUGGCAACUAAGUAAACGUUGUUGUCUUCAAUAAUAUAAGGUUGAAUUUUACCAUUCA